UACAAUCCUGGGGUACAAGACACUAGCAUUGGGCCUGAUUAACAUGUCAGAGGUGAUGCAGCAUCCCACUGAAGGUGCUCAGGUAUUGCAUCUACAUACUAAAAUAAAGGACAUGGCUGUACCUGUGGCUGAAAUCAGUGUUUACUCAAUGUCCAGUCAACCUAUAGACCCAGAAAGACCAAAGGCCAAGCUGUCUGACCGAUCCCCUGACAUUGAUAACUAUUCUGAGGAGGAGGAUGAGAGCUACUCAUCUGAGCAGGAUGGUAGUGAUGACCCAUUGCAUGACAGUAUUUAUUUCAUCUAA